UCGAAGACGUCUGUGGCGCGGGACGUGUGCUCUCGCACCCUUCGCCCACCUAUAAUUGUGCUAAAAACACAAAAAAAUCAGAAAAGAUAAAAGCCCCAAAAUAUUAUUGUGGCGUAGUUCCGAACGCUAGGUGUGCAACAUGAAUUCUGCCGGGCCUAACUAUCCCAUGGCGUCUUUGUACGUCGGGGAUCUCCAUGCCGAUGUCACGGAGGCCAUGCUGUUUGAGAAGUUCUCAACUGCUGGCCCCGUUCUCUCCAUCCGAGUCUGCCGAGACAUGAUAACCCGCCGUUCUUUGGGUUAUGCUUAUGUGAACUUCCAGCAAUCAGCAGAUGCCGAGCGUGCUCUGGACACGAUGAACUUCGACGUGGUGAAGGGCCGGCCGAUCCGCAUCAUGUGGUCGCAGCGGGACCCGUCGCUGCGCCGCUCCGGCGUCGGCAACAUCUUCAUCAAAUCACUGGAUAAGUCCAUCGACAACAAGGCCAUGUACGACACGUUCUCGGCCUUCGGCAACAUCAUGAGCUGCCGCGUGGCCACCGACGAGAACGGCGUGUCCAAGGGCUACGGCUUCGUGCACUUCGAGACCGAGAAGGCGGCCACGGACGCUAUCGAGAAGGUGAACGGCAUGCUGCUGAAUGACAAGAAGGUGUUCGUCGGCAAGUUUGUUCCGCGCAAGGAGCGCGAGAAGGAGCUGGGAGAGAAGGCCAAGCGCUUCACCAACGUCUUCGUCAAGAACUUCGGCGACGAGCUCGACGACGAGAAGCUGCUGGAGCUGUUCCAGCCGUUCGGCACCAUCUCCAGCCACAAGGUGGCCGCCGGAGAGGACGGCAAGGCGAAGGGCUUCGGCUUCGUCAGCUUCGAGGACCCGGAGGCGGCCGAGGCGGCUGUCAACGACAUGAACGGGAAGGAAAUCAACGGAAAGACCAUCUACGUCGGUCGCGCUCAGAAGAAGGCCGAGCGCCAGCACGAGCUGAAGCGCAAGUUCGAGCAGAUCAAGCUGGAGCGCAUGAACCGCUACCAGGGCGUCAACCUCUACGUCAAGAACCUGGACGACGGCAUCGACGACGAGCGCCUGCGUCGCGAGUUCGCCCAGUUCGGCACCAUCACCAGCGCCAGGGUGAUGAUGGAGGACGGCCGCAGCCGCGGCUUCGGCUUCGUCUGCUUCUCGUCGCCCGAGGAGGCCACAAAGGCCGUCACCGAAAUGAACGGCCGCAUCGUCUCCUCCAAGCCGCUGUACGUGGCGCUGGCGCAGCGCAAGGAGGACCGCAAGGCGCACCUGGCCAGCCAGUACAUGCAGCGCAUGACCAGCAUGCGCAUGCCGGGCGUGAACCCCAUGUUCCAGCCGAGCGGCGGCGGCUACUUCGUGCCGACCAUGCCGCAGGCGACGCAGCGGUUCUACCCGCCGGCGCAGAUGGCGCACCAGAUGCGGCCGGGACCGCGCUGGCAGCAGCCCGGCGGCCAGAUGCGCCUGGGCGGCCAGGCGCAGCCGGGCAUGGCGGCGCCGUUCCGGGCCCAGGCGCAGCGCCAGCCGGGCCAGGCGGCGGCCGCCGGCGCCAUGCGCGGUCUGCAGGCGCAGGCGCGCCCCAUGGCCGGCCAGCAGGCGCUCAUGCCGGCCGGCAUGCAGCCGCGUCCGAUGGCGCCGCAGCCGGGUGCCGCGCCCCAGCCGCGCCCCAGCUACAAGUUCACGCCGAACAUGCGCAACCCGAUGCAGCAGCUGGCGGGCGGCGUGGUGGCGCAGCCGCCGCUGGCGCCGCAGCCGUUGGCGCAGGCGGCCGUGCGGGUGCAGGGCCAGGAGCCGCUGACGGCCAGCAUGCUGGCGGCGGCGCCCGAGCAGGAGCAGAAGCAGAUGCUGGGCGAGCGGCUCUUCCCCAUGAUCCAGCACAUGUACCCGGAGCUGGCCGGCAAGAUCACCGGCAUGCUGCUGGAGAUCGACAACUCGGAGCUGGUGCACAUGCUGGAGCACCACGAGUCGCUCAAGGGCAAGGUGGACGAGGCGGUGGCCGUGCUGCAGGCGCACCAGGCCAAGCAGCCGGGCACCGCGCCGCAGCCGGCCGGCAAGAAGGAGUAGAUGACCCCGGAACGCCCCGAACCGGCCGAGGCCCCCGCUCGACACCGGCGGCGAGCGUUCGGAACUAAGCCACGAACCCAGCCGGGCGACGGGGCAGGCGGCGACGGCGACGGCGGCGUGACUGGCGCCGCCGCCGCCACCGCCCGUCCCGCCGCUCCACCCAUUCCACCGCCACAGUGGGCUUCGACACACACGGAACACGCACUUAGUGGUAGGCGAGACACAUAAGCGAGACAAAAACAACAAAAAAAGCGAAAAACAGAAAGCUGCCCGGGAAGCGCGUGGGGCGGCCGGGGGCUGGCCUCGGCCUCCGGCCGUCCCGCCGCGCCCGGCGCUGUUUUAUUCGUACCCGGCCGGCGGGCGCCGGGCCGGCCGGCAGAGGUCGGCUCGGCGGGCCGUCGGCAGCGCCACACGAGACCAGUGGCGCCACCUGUGCGGUCGCGUGGCCGCACGGCCGGCGACACCAGCACGGACAGCUCCACGGCUGUCCCCGAGGAAGAAAAGCAGAAAACGACUUUUUAUAAAAAGAUGUAAAGGUUCUCUGGUCUACAGAGACAAAAAGCUCCAAUGAUAAAAGUACUCGAAAACUUUCACCAAUAAAAAAAUAAACUUUUCGGAAAAAAUCGAAACGGGAGCUAUUACCUCUUUGUUUUGCACAAAAUAAUAUUGGCAUCAGGAUCCAACGCCAGCCUAUUUUUGUUUAUUUUUUGUUUUGAUGUUAUUUUUGCUUCAAGCCCCAUGCCCAUAUAUAUAUAUUUGUAAUAUGGAUUCGCGUCGUAAGCCGCGUUCUUCUUAAAUGGACUAUGAUGCGGACGUUGAAUUUCGUUCCACACCUAUGGUGGAGUCCAGUGCUGGUAAAAAUUUGGUGCGUUUGGACUUUAGGACUUGGGCUGGUCGACUUUUGUGUAUCAUGGUUGUGUAAUUUGACGAUCAUGUAGUGCUAUUGCGGGCGCCCAAUAUGAUAGGGUGCUGGUGGUGUAGGUUCUGGGCGAACGACCUGUCCCGUAUCGUCUCAUGUUUUACGGCUUCCCGUUUCGUGAAUAAACUCUUCAACGAA